UCGGGACCGGGACCCCCCCCACCCCCCACCCCCCUUCAUCUCUCCUCAUGGCAGCGGCGGGGCCCGCGGCGGCCGCGGCUCCCGCUCGGCUCCAAGCGGCGGGGGGAAACGGGGGGACCCCCACUCGGCGGCAGCCGUCGGUCGCCAUGGCAGCGCCUCGCAGGUGAGAGCCCGAAAUCCCGGCGGGGUCCUGGCACCCGCCCCCAGCGCCCCUGGCCAUGGCAUCCCCGGCCGUCAGCCCCGACUCGUCCUCGCACGAGGGGCUGUCCUCCCUCACCUCGGCGCCGGCCUGCUCGCCUGCCUCCGACUCCGAGAACCUCAGUCCCGACGAGCUGGAGCUGCUGGCGAAGCUGGAGGAGCAAAAUCGGCUACUGGAGGCCGACUCCAAGUCAAUGCGCUCCAUGAACGGCUCGCGCAGGAACAGCGGCUCCUCCUUGGUCUCCAGCUCCUCGGCCUCCUCCAACCUCAGCCACCUGGAGGAGGACACCUGGAUCCUCUGGGGCCGCAUCGUCAAUGAGUGGGACGAGUGGCGGAAGAAGAAGGAGAAGCUGCUGAAGGAGCUCAUCCGCAAAGGGAUCCCCCACCACUUCCGUGCCAUCGUCUGGCAGCUGCUCUGCAGUGCCACCGACAUGCCCGUCAAGAACCAGUACUCGGAGCUGCUCAAGAUGUCCUCUCCCUGCGAGAAGCUCAUCCGACGGGAUAUCGCCCGCACCUACCCGGAGCACGAGUUCUUCAAGGGCCAGGACAGCCUGGGCCAGGAGGUGCUCUUCAACGUCAUGAAGGCCUAUUCACUGGUGGACAGGGAGGUUGGGUACUGCCAGGGCAGCGCCUUCAUCGUGGGACUGCUGCUCAUGCAGAUGCCUGAGGAAGAGGCCUUCUGCGUGUUUGUGAGGCUGAUGCAGGAGUACCGCUUACGGGAGCUCUUCAAACCCAGCAUGGCUGAGCUGGGGCUCUGCAUCUACCAGUUUGAGUACAUGCUGCAGGAGCAGCUGCCAGAGCUGAACAUCCACUUCCGCUCGCAGAGCUUCCUCACCUCCAUGUACGCCUCGUCCUGGUUCCUCACCCUCUUCCUCACCACCUUCCCUCUUCCCGUGGCCACGCGUGUCUUCGACAUCUUCAUGUACGAGGGUCUGGAGAUCGUCUUCCGUGUGGGGAUGGCACUGCUGCAGUUCAACCAGGCAGAGCUCGUCCAGCUUGACAUGGAGGGCAUGUCCCAGUUCUUCCAGAAGGUGAUCCCCCACCAGUUCGACAGUUGCCCUGACAAGCUCAUCCUCAGGGCCUUCCAGGUCAAGUACAACCCCAAGAAGAUGAAGAGGCUGGAGAAGGAGUAUGCUGCCAUCAAGAACAAGGAGAUGGAGGAGCAGAUCGAGAUCAAGCGCCUCCGCACUGAGAACCGGCUGCUGAAACAGCGCAUCGAGACCCUGGAGAAGGAGAGCGCGGCUCUCGCCGACAGGCUCAUCCAGGGGCAGGUGACGCGGGCGCAGGAGGCAGAGGAGAACUACGUCAUCAAGCGGGAGCUGGCGGUGGUGAAGCAGCGCUGCACCUCAGCCACCGAGAACCUGCAGCGGGCACAGACCACCAUCCGGCAGCUGCAGGACCAGCAGGGGAACCCGCGGUUCAGCGAGGAGUUUGUCACCCACCUGGAGACGGAGCUGGAGCAGUCGCGGCUGCGGGAGAGCGAGACCCUCGGCGCGCUGAAGGAGAUGCAGGACAAAGUUCUUGACAUGGAGAAGCGGAGCAGUCUGCUGCCAGACGAGGACAAUGUGCUGCGGCUGCAGGAGGAGCUGCAGGCACUGGCACUGCGCGAGGCCGAGGCCGUCAAGUCCCUGACCGAGCUGCAGCAGCAGGUGAAGGACCUGAGCGACAGCUGGCAGGCGGGCCGGCCCGGUGGGCGCUGGAAGGAGUCUCCGCGGCGGGGCAACGCCAACGCGCUGCAGGAGGCCGUGGUGACCGCACAGCUGCGGGAGGCACAGGCACAGGCCGAGCUGCGGGCGCUGCGGCAGCGGGUGCUGCAGCUGGAGACACAGGGCCAGAUCCAGCGCACGGUGCUGGGCCGUGCGGAGCGCACGUGUGCGGGGCUGCGGGAGCAGCUGCGGGUGGCGGCAGCGCAGAGCCAGGGGCUGCAGGCGCAGCUGAGCGAGAGCCACCGCAAACACGCCGAGGCCCAGUGCAAGAGCAAGGAGGAGGUGAUGGCGGUGCGGCUGCGCGAGGCCGACAGCAUGGCAGCCCUGGCCGAGAUGCGCCAGCGCGUCGCCGAGCUGGAGAUCCAGAGGGAGGAGGGGAUGAUCCAGGGGCAGCUCAACCACUCGGACGCCGCCCAGUACAUCCGGCAGCUCAAGGACCACAUCGAUGAGCUCAAGGCUGAGAUCCGGCUGCUGCGGGGGCCCUUGGCCUUCGGGGCCGUGGGGCUGAGCCCACACCUGGGGGAGGAGGAUUCUCUGGGCUCCUCUGACGAGGAGCUGCCGCCCUUCGCCCUGACCCACGGGGACCUCGGGGACCUCAUGGGUGACAGCAGCGACAGCGAGACUGAGGGGGCACCCACAGCCCCCUGAGCCACGGGGACAGUGACACCGAGGGGCACCCAUGGCACCCUGACCUACGGGACACGAGGGACCCACCAUCCCCACGGCACUUGGGGACGGGGGGGGGGACACCCCAGGCCCCACAGCACCUGUGGGAUCCCGCCAUGGGCUGGGGGAGCUCCUGUGCCCGGGGGGAUCCCAGGACCUGAGAGGACCCCCAGGCUGCAGCCUGACGCCGGACUCUGGACCCAGUGGAUCCCUGGGGGCAGUGAGACCCCCCACCCCGCCUCCCCCCCACAAGGACAUGGCGGGAUCCCGGACGUUUUGGGGAGUCUGAUCAGAUCCUGCCCUCCCCCUACUCCCCCAUUGCAGUUUAUACCCUGUACAGAAAUACAAACACUGCGGGACAACAGGACCCUGCAAAGGA